AUGGAUCCAGAGGUCAGGGAUGUGGAGUUGGUGCUCAGGUCAAAUCAGAUGAGUUUGAAUCUUGUUAUUAGGGUUCGAUCAUUCUUCAGUUUGCCUGAUGGGGGACCAAAAACAUGGAUGCAGGUUGUUGACAAUGAUGAUGAAUAUGACUCUCCCUCCUUUUCAUAUGAUGUUGCUGAUUCAAAUAUUGAUGUAAAUGUGGUGUUUCCAGAUGUGGAUCAGUGCAAAUCUGCAGUUACCCAUCAUGCAAUCUUUCAUGACCAUGCCUUUGAGAUUGUGAAAAAGGGCAAGAGCAGAUUUAGAGCUAAAUGCAAGAGAGCCAACCAGGGUUGCAAGUGGACGUUUUUUGCAUCAACUAGUACGAAAUACAUUGGCUGCAAGGUUAAGACAAAUAGACCAAAGCAUACUUGUGGUUCUUUCAACAACUGUGGUGAAACAAUGGCCUCAAACAAAUGGGUGGCUGAAAGAGUAGUGGAUUUAUUGCGGGAUGACCCUGAAAUGGGACCAAGUGAAUUGCAUAGUAUGCUGCAAAAAAAGUACUCCAUAGAUAUUCCAUAUCAUAGAGUUUAUAGAGGCAAACAUAGAGCAAUGGACACCAUAUAUGGCAAGUGGGAUGACAGUUACGACUUGCUACCGACCUAUCAAGCUGAACUUCUCAGAGUUGUACCUGGAAGUAUUGUUGAGCUAGACACCAAAAAAGAUGACAAUGGUGAUUUCUGUUUCAGCAGGUUCUUUGUUGCUCUCAAACCAUGCAUUGAUGGAUUUUUGCAAGAUUGUAGACCCUACAUUGCCAUGGAUGCCACACACUUGACAGGAAGGUCUAGGGGUCAGUUGGCAGCAGCAGUGGCAGUGGAUGGUCACAAUUGGCUAUUUCCAGUGGCUUAUGGUGUGAUUGAGACCGAGUCUACAGAAAGCUGGACUUGGUUUGUUAAUAACUUGAAGAAGGCUAUUGGUACUCCUCCUGGUCUUGUCAUUAGUACAGAUGCGGGCAAAGGUAUAGAGGUGGCUGUACAUGAUGUAUACCCUGGAGUUGAGCAUAGAGAAUGUAUGAGACACUUGUGGAAGAACAUGAAGAAGAAUGGGUAUGAUAGUUCUCAUUCUAUUUAA